UCUAACAACCUUCUUUUUUGCGUUCUUCGUUCGUUCUCUUCUUCGUAAUCUUCGUAGGGACUCUCCUCCCCAUACAGGGUCCUUUUCCGAGAUGAAGCCGUUAUCAUUUAUGAACUAGCGUUUUCUUCUUGCGAGAUUCCAACCUCCAUUUUACUGCCACGUUCAUAUUCCUCUCGUUUUGCCUGACUGCCUCGUUUUUCUGUUCAUGCUUGCCAUUCCGGAUGGUACCUUACUCGCCCCUUAUCUCGAUGGGUUGCUUUACUCGGUUCUUUCGAUAUCAUAUCUUUAUCACCCUCGUUCCCCUUCACUUCUUCUCGAUUCGUUUCCCCUUUCGUAAUAGCCCCGGCUUUCACGAUUUGAGCUGAUUCCGUCAUGGAUUCAUCCUCUACACUCUGCUUGCGUUUACGUUGCCUUGUGACUUCUCGUCUUUCAUCUGCUAUGGGCGUUUCUCCCUUCUCCCCUUUCUUCAGGGAUUCCAACCGCUUGCUCCUCCUUGCCGACGAUGUUCCUCCUCUUUCCAUUCUUCCUCCCCUUUUGGCCUCCAAUCGUUUGCUUCUCCUCGUCGCUAUCAUGUGUGCCGCCCGAUCUGGUGUUCUAGUCCUCGACUUAUCCUAAUUUCAAUAUUGGUUUUUCUCUAAAACUUAAUCUUAAAAGGGAUGUUUGCUAAAAUCUCUUACUCCUACAACUUUAGCUAAGAUGUCUCGCCAAGAUCUAUUACUCCUAAAACUUUAGCUUUUUUCCACUCCUUAGAUGAGGAUGAAUCCCCAAUCUAAGUUCCCUGUUUCUGGACGCCAAAAUGUAACUACUGGAAAUCCAGUAGCACACCCAAAGUGACAGUAACCUAGAUCUAAGACAUAUUCCCUCUGUUUUUGGAAAAAUGAUACUUUCACUUUUUCAUUUUAGCCUAAAAAUAGGCCAAACUGAAAAAUGAAAGUAUCUCUUUUCCAGAAAUGGAGGGAGUAUUAAGUAAUGCAAGCACCGAAAAUUCUUAUUGAUGAAUCAUUCAAAGUAACAAAGAUACAAGUUCUUGAAUACAAGGAAAUCCUAAUCUCUCUCGCUAGGUUAAGCUCUCCCACUCUCCAAAAAUCUGAUCCCUCAUACAUUGCCCCAGGACCUCUAUUUAUAGGCCAUCUAACCCUAAUGGAGCAUAGCUCAUUUUAUCUCGUCUCGUUCUCGCAGGGGCGUUACACUUCGUCCAUACCGUUUUCCGUAAAGUUUUUCCCCUUCUUUCGCUAACUUCACAUGGGCUUGUCGGGACACCUGUCUCUUUUCUUGCUGCAUAAUUUAUCUACUUCGUGGCUUGUCUUCUCAGCCAAGUAAUCUUACUUCGUCCUUUUCUACUUCGCGGCGGAUAUCUUGUAGGGUACUCCAUGGAUCCUUCAUAACCCAUGUUCCUCUCGGAGCUUACUUCGUGAUGAAACACUAUCUCGCACAUAACUUUUACCUCGUCAACUUGUCAAUAAUGGCGACUCUGACUUGAUUUGACAAGUCAUUGACGAAGAUUUUCGUGACACGGCACAGGAUCUCCAGGCCGGAUUCUCGCGUCUUCCUUAUGUCCACGUGGCGAUCCAUAUUUUGGUAUCUACACCUUGCUUUUUUUGUUUCCACCCUUCAGCCCAAGCAAACCUAUAUCCUGUCUUAUCGUUUCUUUCCUUCUCAUUUUUUCUCCACCGCGACUCUUUCCUCUCCAUCUAUGAACUCUUUCAUCUCCUAUCUAUCUCUGCAUAAAGAACCUCAUCUCUCUCUGAACUCUAAAACCACUGAAAUCAUCAGCCAGGUAUAAUCGUUCGCGUAAUCUUUUAGUUUCAGUAUAUAGGAUUUAGAGAUUUUGAUUGCUAGGGUUUGGGCUGUGAAUCUCAGUUGAUCGAUUUAAGUUUAAGUUUAUCGAUUUCUAGGGUUUCAUUUAAGUUUAUUGAUUUUAGGGUUUUCAUCUGUGAAUCUGCUAUUUUCGAUUUUACGGAUUUUGAUUUCAGUUUAUCGAUUUAUCAUUUGUGAAUCUGUGUUUUUCGAUUCAGUUUUUCAAUUUCAUCUUUCUCUUUCGGUUCUAGGGUUUAGUCAUCUCUUCCAAGUGAAGAUGUUGAUGAUUCUAAAGACAACUCUCGUGUUCAAGUAUUAGCCUAUUAGAUCUCUCUUUGUCUCUUGUAGUUCAGGAUUUGUAUUUUCAGUUAAUUUAUUUUUUUGUUAGAUAAGUUGUUGUGUUUAUGAAAAGUUCCAGAGAAGAAGCUUACAUGGGUUCUCAAACUAAACGCCCAACAAUAUGUCUCAUGGCCAAACCAAUGACAAAGGUCCGGUAUCCUUGCCUAGAGCUAUUAAAGAGAGAUUUCGACCUAUCCCCCCGUGCUUUCCUAUUUUACUACCUACCCCUCAUGCUCUGGCCCUGCGAAUGGUUUUGCAACUUGGUGUAAAACCUACUUGGUUUAAUGAAGCUUAUACAGAUGGGAGUGGUUUUGCGGUACCAAGAGCUGGUUCAUCCUCUAGAGACCUGUGCAGUUACAUGAUUGAGUCGCAACUUCCAACGUGGAAAAAAUGGAAUGCUAAAGAACUUGGAAUUACGUCGGCUGAGCUUACACAGUCAUCUCCAAUACAGCUUAACAGACGGCAAGCACACAUCGAGGAGCGGAGGCCAAACCCCCAUAGUGAUCAUGGAAGUAUGUGUUUGGUUUCAGUGGAUGCACACAUGGUCUGUCUUCGGAUGAGGUUGAUGAACUAACCUUGAUCAUGUACUGUGACUGUAAUGGUAGAAACUAAAUUACGCCCUUUGUGUUGUUUAUGUUAGGUGAAAUGCAAGGUUAAUCACAGAUAAGUGUUCUGAUCAAAAGGAGAUUAAGAAUUUUCUGCAGUUGCUUAAACGUCACCCUCAUGUUUAACCCCAUCCCUCAUUUCUUAUGCAGAGAGAACACCCCACUCUCGUGCUGACUUUUUUACAGGAAAAAUAGCAUCAGUUGAGGAAAUUGAACCAUUCAUAUGUCAUGCAUCCCAAAUGGCUGCACUUGACUACAUUGUGUCGGCUGAAAGUGAUGAUUUAUUCCUUCAUACUCUGGAAACAUGGCAAGGGCAGUUGAGGGACACAGGCGUUUUCUAGGGCAUAGAAAAACAUUUUCUCCAGACAGAACGAGGAUCACUUAAGAGAAGAAGUUAGGCGAUCAAAUUCUGGAAAUCCAUAAAAGACGGUUAAUUGAAUGAUGCUCUGUUGUGAGAUCAGAAAGGUUGGAGAACAAAGCAGCCAUUAGGUCCCUUAGCAGCUGCAAGAUUUGUAAGUUUCUAUCUAGUAUCUCCUUGUAGUGAUUUAAGUUGGAAGGACUUAGGAAUUUCGUAAGUUUCUAUGAACUGAACUUUGGAACUUAGUAAGUUUCUGUGUAUGUCCAUUAAAUGAAUGACAUAGUUUGCUGUGAUACUUUUUGU